AUGUCGUUGUUACGCACCUUCAAGGCCUUGAAGCCUUGUAGUAAUCUGUCUUCAUCAUCAUCGACCCAAGAAUCGGAACCGCCGAGAAAACCUCCCAAAUCGUCUCUCUCGCAGCAGCUACUGCGUCUCGACGAUUCAUACUUCUUCUCCUCGAAGCACGAAUCUAAAAUCUCCAUAACCCAGGUCGAAGAUUCUAAUCGUGGCGAAGAUGAUCACAAAAGAAGUAUCAAGUUUGAUGCGGAGGAGAAAGAAGAAGAAGAAGAAGAUGAGACAUCGAUUGAAUUCGGGAGACCCGGUUUAAACCGAGCCGAAUUUGACUAUACCGGUCCUUUUGAACCACUUGUGCUGUCAUUAAACGGAGAAACUCCGAUCAUACAGGUACCAGCUUCUAUCAAUUGUAGAUUGCUCGAACAUCAGCGAGAGGGAGUAAAGUUUCUCUAUAAUCUGUAUACAAGCAAUCAUGGCGGCAUUCUCGGCGAUGACAUGGGAUUAGGCAAGACGAUUCAGACAAUUGCAUUUCUUGCUGGAGUUUAUAGAAAAGAGAGUGACGCUGGUGAUGCGUCUGCUUUGGAGUCUAAAAAGGGUCCUGUGCUAAUAAUCUGUCCGUCUUCGGUUAUCCACAACUGGGAGAGUGAGUUUUCUCGAUGGGCUAGCUUCUUCAAGGUCUCUGUGUACCACGGAGCAAACAGAGAUAUGAUUCUGGAGAAACUCAAUGCGCGAGGUGUCGAGGUACUUGUAACCAGCUUUGACACGUUUAGAAUCCAAGGCCCCGUUUUGUCCGGGAUCAACUGGGAGAUAGUGAUUGCUGAUGAGGCUCACCGGUUAAAGAACGAAAAAUCAAAACUUUACGAAGCGUGCCUUGCCAUCAAGACGAGGAAGAGAAUCGGUCUCACCGGUACAGUGAUGCAGAACAAGAUCGGCGAGCUGUUCAACCUUUUCGAGUGGGUGGCGCCGGGAUCGUUAGGCACUCGCGAGCAUUUCCGAGAGUUCUACGAUGAGCCGCUGAAGCAAGGGCAGAGAGCAGCUGCUCCGGAGAGAUUUGUGAAGAUCGCAGAUAAGAGGAAACAGCAUUUGGUCACUGUUCUGCGUAAGUAUAUGCUGAGGAGGACAAAGGAGGAAACCAUAGGCCAUCUGAUGAUGGGGAAAGAAGAUAAUGUAGUCUUCUGUCAAAUGAGCGAAUUGCAGAAACGGGUUUAUCAGAGAAUGCUGCAGCUACCGGAGAUCCAGUGCCUUGUGAAUAAGGACAAGCCGUGCGGUUGUGGAAGCCCGCUUAAGCAAGCAAAGUGCUGCGGAAGGAUUGUUCCUGAUGGAACUAUCUGGAGUUCUCUUCAUAAAGAUGACUCUGACGGUUGUGAUUCUUGUCCCUUCUGCUUGGUGCUUCCAUGUCUUGUGAAACUCCAACAGAUUAGCAAUCAUCUGGAGCUUAUCAAACCGAACCCGAAAGACGAGCCAGAGAAGCAGAAGAAGGACGCAGAGUUUGUGUCUGCGGUGUUCGGGACGGAUAUUGAUCUAGUUGGAGGUGUUUCCGCAAGCGAGAGCUUCAUGGACCUUAGUGAUGUUACACAUUGUGGGAAAAUGAGAGCGUUAGAGAAGCUGAUGGCUUCUUGGAUUUCAAAGGGAGAUAAGAUACUUCUUUUCAGUUGUUCUGUCAGGAUGCUGGACAUACUGGAGAAGUUUCUGAUAAGAAAAGGUUACAGCUUUGGAAGACUUGAUGGUUCUACUCCAACUAAUCUGCGACAGUCUCUUGUAGAUGACUUUAACGCGAGUCCUAGCAAACAGGUUUUUCUGAUAUCAACUAGAGCUGGUGGGUUGGGACUAAACCUUGUGAGCGCGAACCGUGUGGUUAUAUUUGACCCAAAUUGGAACCCAUCUCACGACCUGCAAGCGCAAGAUAGAUCAUUUCGGUAUGGACAGAAACGUCAUGUGGUGGUUUUUCGUUUGUUGGCGGCUGGUUCGCUUGAGGAAUUAGUCUACUCUAGACAAAUAUACAAACAACAGCUCUCAAAUAUUGCCGUUGCGGGGAAAAUGGAGACGAGGUACUUUGAAGGCGUCCAGGACUGUAAAGAGUUUCAAGGCGAGCUGUUCGGGAUUUCAAAUCUCUUCCGUGAUCUCUCUGAUAAGCUCUUCACUAGCGAGAUUGUUGAGUCACAUAAGGAUAUUAACAUCAGUCAGACUCAGAAGAAGAGUUCGUUGCUUGAGACAGUUGUUUCAGAAGAUGAAGAAGAAGAAGAGGCCUUGUGCUCUUCUAAACCCGAAACAGAGGAACCUAUCCUUAAGGACUUGGGGAUUUUGUAUUCACAUCGAAAUGAAGACAUUAUCAACUGUGGAAGGACAACAACGACAUCUCAGAAGAACAGCGACGAGAACUUUCAGUUUGGGGAUCGAAGGAACAAGAAGAAGAGAAAAGGUCUUAGUGAAGAGGAGGAUAUGUCUUCUUCAAACAGGGAACAGAAAAGAGAGCAGUACAAAAUGGUAGCCAAGUUCAAAGGCAUGGAGAUAUUGGAGUUUAGUAGAUGGGUAAUAUCAGCUUCUCAAUUUGACAGAGAGAUGCUACUUCAAGACUUUUUAGAAAGAGUCAAGUAA